GGCCCGUGUCCCCACUGGCCCACACAGCCGGACGUGACGCUACAGCGGAGGAGGAAGGGAGAGGCGGAGCGUCGCGGUGACGUCCUCCCAAGAUGGCGGAGAGAGAGUGAGGAAACUGUUUCCCUUGGGCGGCUACCGAUCAAGGGUAAAAUUCCAUUCUGAUAUCAAAAUGCAGUAUUCACACCACUGUGAGCACCUUUUAGAGAGACUGAACAAGCAGCGGGAAGCAGGAUUUCUUUGCGACUGUACCGUAGUGAUUGGCGAGUUCGAGUUUAAGGCGCAUAGGAAUGUGCUUGCCUCCUUUAGUGAGUAUUUCGGUGCGAUCUACAGAAGCACUUCUGAGAACAAUGUUUUUCUUGAUCAGAGUCAGGUGAAGGCUGACGGAUUUCAGAAACUGUUGGAGUUUAUAUAUACGGGAACUUUAAAUCUCGACAGUUGGAAUGUUAAAGAAAUUCAUCAGGCUGCUGACUAUCUCAAAGUAGAAGAGGUAGUAACUAAAUGUAAAAUAAAGAUGGAAGAUUUUGCUUUUAUUGCUAGUCCCUCUUCUACAGAAAUAUCUAGUAUUACUGGAAACAUCGAAUUGAAUCAACAGACCUGUCUUCUUACUCUGCGAGAUUAUAACAAUCGGGAGAAAUCAGAAGUGUCUACAGACUUAGUUCAGGCAAAUCCUAAACAACGUUCAUUGGCAAAGAAAUCGUCUCAAAGUAAAAAGAAGAAAAAGGCUUUCAAUUCUCAGAAACCAGGGCAGAAUAAAACAGUGCAAUAUCCCAGUGAUGUUUUAGAGAGUGCAUCUGUUGAAUUAUUCCUAGAUACAAAUAAAUUGUCCUCCCCUGUGGUCGAACAAGUCAUCCAAGGAAAUGAUAAUUCAGAACUUGAGUUGACCUCAGUUGUGGAAAAUACUUUUCCAGCACAAGAUAUUGUGCAAACUGUUACAGUCAAACGGAAACGUGGAAAGUCACAGUCACACUGUGCUCUGAAAGAACACUCCAUGUCUAAUAUAACCAGUGUAAAGAAUCCGUAUGAACUGGAGAACACUGGGGAAGAGCUGGAUCAGCGGUAUUCGAAGGCCAAGCCAAUGUGUAACACAUGCGGGAAGGUGUUUUCAGAAGCCAGCAGCUUGAGAAGGCACAUGAGAAUACAUAAAGGAGUCAAACCCUAUGUCUGCCACUUGUGUGGAAAGGCUUUUACCCAGUGUAACCAGCUGAAAACACAUGUAAGAACUCAUACAGGGGAAAGGCCAUACAAAUGUGAACUGUGUGAUAAAGGAUUUGCUCAGAAAUGCCAGCUGGUCUUCCACAGUCGCAUGCAUCAUGGUGAGGAAAAACCCUAUAAAUGUGAUGUGUGCAAUUUACAGUUUGCAACUUCUAGCAAUCUCAAGAUUCAUGCAAGGAAGCACAGUGGAGAGAAGCCAUAUGUUUGUGAUAGAUGUGGGCAGAGAUUCGCCCAAGCCAGCACGCUGACCUAUCAUGUCCGUAGGCAUACUGGAGAGAAGCCUUACGUGUGUGACACCUGCGGGAAGGCGUUUGCUGUCUCUAGUUCUCUGAUCACUCAUUCUCGGAAACACACAGGUGAAAAACCAUACAUAUGUGGUAUUUGUGGGAAAAGUUUUAUUUCCUCAGGAGAGCUCAACAAACACUUUCGAUCCCAUACAGGAGAACGACCAUUUAUCUGUGAAUUGUGUGGAAAUUCUUACACAGACAUUAAAAAUUUGAAGAAGCACAAAACAAAGGUCCAUUCUGGUACAGAUCAAACUCCAGAUUGCAGUGUAGAUGACCCUGCUUUAAGUGAACAAGAUCCCACACAAAGAAGUCCUCUGUCAGAAACUCUAGAUGUGAAGCCUUCUGAUAUGACUCUACCCUUAGCGCUUCCACUUGGAACUGAAGACCAUAUGCUACUUCCUGUCACCGAUAGUCAGUCUCCUACGUCAGACACACUGUUGAGGUCAACUGUGAAUGGAUAUUCCGAGCCACAGUUGAUUUUUUUACAACAAUUAUAUUGACUUUGAGGACAUGGAAUUGCUAAGACAUCCCUAGUAGUAAAUAUAAACGUCUCUGGUAAGGUGCAUAUUCAUAUUAAUCCCCAUUCAUUUGAGCUGUGUGAACAUUAUUUUUCACUCCUGGAAGUAAAAGCACCUGACCUUGCAUCCAUCAGUGAUGGUUUUGACUUUUGGCUUUCACUGUAAGCAGCCUUUCCAGGAGUGACGUCCACUGUGGCAGCACUAUUUUGGGUGGGUAAGUUGUAGAUACUGUUCAAGCUGCCUUAAUUCCAUUUUUAUUUUGCAUUUUGGACUUCUUUGUUCCUGAGAUAAAAUCUGACCUGUGGGUUUUUCAUUGUUGUUCUCUUCUAACUGUUUAAGCAAAAUCUACAGUAAUAUCAACUUCAAAGCGUUUCUGUUUAUAAACCCUAUGGAGCAGUAGGUAAACUGUUGGGGUUAAAUUUCAUAUUUAUACCUAUGAAAAUUUAGAUACUAAGGAAGAAUUGUGCUAUUUAUUAAUAUAUUCCUUUAGAGGUAACUUUUUUAAUGAAGCCAAAAGAAGUAUUUCUCUUAAAACCCAGAAAAAUGUAUGUAAAUUUUUGUUCAUUUAGAAUGAACUCAGUAUUCUGGAAAAAACCAAUAGUCCAAUCAGUUUUUGUUUUGAGUUGAGACUAUAUUUUUUUAAAUAGAUAUUUGGUGUUUUUAAGUGGUCAAAAGACAGUUUUGAAAUUUGAUUCAUUUUAUAUUUUAUUAGAUUUGUAGAUUAUUGGAAGUGAAUAUAUAACAGUUUGAAAAUUUUUGAUAAGCCUAUCUUUUAUCGGUUAUGCACUUUUUAAAAUAAAUGUUCUAAAAAGAAUUUUCUAGAUAUAAAAUACAUACUAGAAAUCACUUGGCUUCUAAAUUUGAUAUAUUACAUAGAAAAAUGAAGAAUCGUGAGUAGCUUGCCUAAAGCAACACACGAACACACACAAAUAGAAUUACUAUUCUAACUUCAAUUAUAAGCUACACUUUUUGGUUAUCAGUUUAUUUACCAGUUUAUAUUUGAGUUUUCUAUAAGUAUGGGUUUUUCAAUUUUAUAAAUUACACUACACCUUUGGGUUGUUGGCUGUAGCUUCUUAGUGGUCUUUCCACUCCAGAUGGAUGUAGAGAAUUGAGUGACACCCAUCCAGAUACCUGCUGCCACUUUCCCCAUCUCUCUAUCCCCGCAUAUUAAUUUAUUUCACUGCCUCACCCCUGCAUUUUAAUUCUCAGUUCCAGAGAGUCAGUUCCCAUAGCACUGAUGAAAGUCGUGGUGACUAUUUCUCAUUUCUGCCAUGAAUUAGUUAUGCUUAUUUGUUUUCAUGAUUUAAACUACACUGAAAUAAAUUCAAUGUGUUUACCAAUACUGAAUUCUUAGUCAUAAUUCCCUGUUUGGGUCCAAGUCUCGGAAAUGAGAAGACAUAAUAAAAACACCCAAUUCUUCCAGACUGAAGUAGUGAUGCCAUUUCUUAGAGCACAUAGCAUUUUCACAGUAAAUUACCACCAGUGAGACUGACUUAACUGGAGAGAGUAAAAAAUGCCUCCUUUGUAUAAUAAACUUACUAUUUCAUUAUUUACCUAAGAAAUCUGUGUGUACAUUAAAUGAACAUACUAAGUUUAAUAUAAUUUGUAAGGUUAUAAAAUGGUCAGGUAAUCUAUUCUGGUUUAAGAUCAGUGAAAAUUUACUGGAAUAUAACAAAACU